AUGCGAGUGCGCCAAUCGAGAGCCACAAACCGUCGAGGCCAGCAGACCAGUCGAGGCCGCGAGCAGUGGGUCACAGGACCGUCUAGUGCCAGCAUGAGCCUCAGUGCCAGCAGGAGCCAGUCGAGUGCCAGCUGGAGCCAGGUGAGGGCCAGCUGGAGCCAGUCUAGUGCCAGCAGGAGCCAGUCUAGUGCCAGGCAGGAGCCAGUCGAGUGCCAGCAGGAGCCAGAGCCAGUCGAGUGCCAGCAGGAGCCAGUCGAGGGCCAGCAGGAGCCAGUCAAGUGCCAGCAGGAGCUAGUCGAGGGCCAGCAGGAGCCAGUCGAGGGAGCCAGGUCAGGGCCAGCAGGAGCCAGUCGAGGGCCAGCAGGAGCCAGUCGAGGCCAGCAGGAGCUAGUCGAGGGCCAGCAGGAGCCAGUCAAGUGCCAGCAGGAGCCAGUCGAGGGCCAGCAGGAGCCAGAGCCAGUCGAGUGCCAGCAGGAACCAGGUGAGAGCCAGCAGGAGCCAGUCGAGUGCCAGCAGGAACCAGGUGAGAGCCAGCAGGAGCCAGUCGAGUGGCAGAAGGAGCCAGUCAAGUGCCAGCAGGAGCCAGGUGAGGGCCAGCAGGAGCCAGUCAAGUGCCAGCAGGAGCCAGUCGAGGGCCAGCAGGAGCCAGUAGAGUGCCAGCAGGAGCUAGUCGAGUGCCAGGAGGAGCCAGUCGAGAGCCAGCAGGAACCAGGUGUGUGCCAGCAGGAGCCAGUCGAGAGCCAGCAGGAGCCAGUCAAGUGCCAGCAGGAGCUAGUCGAGUGCCAGCAGGAGCCAGUCGAGUGCCAGAGCCAGUCGAGGGCCAGCAGGAGCCAGGCGAGGGCCAGCAGGAGCUCAGUCGAGGGCCAGCAGGAGCCAGGUGAGGGCCAGCAGGAGCCAGUCGAGAACCAGCAGGAGCCAGGUGAGGGCCAUCAGGAGCCAGUCGAGUGCCAGCAGGAGCCAGGUGAGGGCCAGCAGGAGCCAGGUGAGAGCCAGCAGGAGCCAGGAGCCAGUCGAGACCAGCAGGAGCCUGGUGAGGGCCAGCAGGAGGCAGGUGAGAGCCAGCAGGAGCCAGUCGAGACCAGCAGGAGCCAGGUGAGAGCCAGCAGGAGCCAGGUGAGUGCCAGCAGGAACCAGGUGAGAGCCAGCAGGAGCCAGGUGAGAGCCAGCAGAAACCAGUCGAGACCAGCAGGAGCCAGUCGAGGGCCAGCAGGAGCCAGUCGAGACCAGCAGGAGCCAGUCGAGACCAGCAGGAGCCAGGUGAGAGCCAGCAGGAGCCAGGUGAGGGCCAGCAGGAGCCAGUUGAGUGCCAGCAGUAGCCAGUCGAGAGCCAGCAGGAGCCAGGUGAGUGCCAGCAGGAGCCAGUCAAGUGCCAGCAGGAGCCAGGUGAGUGCCAGCAGGAGCCAGGUGAGAGCCAGCAGGAGCCAGGUGAGAGCCAGCAGGAGCCAGGUGAGUGCCAGCAGGAGCGGGGGAGCCAGCAGGAGCCAGGUGAGAGCCAGCAGGAGCCAGUCGAGUGCCAGCAGUAGCCAGUCGAGUGCCAGCAGUAGCCAGUCGAGGGCCAGCAGGAGCCAGGUGAGAGCCAGCAGGAGCCAGGUGAGGGCCAGCAGGAGCCAGCCAGUCGAGUGCCAGCAGGAGCCAGUCGAGUGCCAGCAGGAGCCAGUCGAGUGCCAGCAGGAGCCAGUCGAGUGCCAGCAGUAUUUGAAAGAGAAGGCUAAGCGAUGCUUUGAUUAUGCCCGAGAGAAGGGGGAUUCAGGGGGGUUGACACCUCACGCCAAUUGGGACCAUAAUUUUGAAAUAAUUGACGAACAAGUACAGUACAUCUACAAACAUUGCUUAUCGAGGCUGGAAAAGAGCACGAGAGUUCGGGAAAGGAAAGGAUAUGGUUUAAUCCCUCUUAAUCUCUUUCUCCUCCUCUCUCAUAAUACGUAUCUUGGCUAUAGCGGUCUUAUUGAUACUCAGUUUGUCUACUGCGGUCUUAAAUGA